ACGACCGUGCUCAGCUCAGCUCACCUCAGCUCACCUCUCCAGUCUCUCGGCAAUCUCCCGCUUGCAUCGGACCAUCAAAUUUCAGUCCUUGCCAGUGCGGCUGUUUAGUUUCCAGAAGAUGGGGAAAUCAGUGGGGGCUGUUCUAAUUUCCUUUCUCUUCCUGAUCUCCGUUUUCAGUAUUGCGGCCCCAGGAUUUGGAAACACUUUCACCUCUAUAUUCAGUUUCUUGACUCCAAAAUUCUCCUCCAAUUUCCGCGGCUUUGCACCAAGAGUAUUAGUAAGAGGGCAUUCGCAUAUAGCUUCGGUCGUUAGAAGUUUGAAAAUGGACACAGGGAAUUAUAUAGAGGGACCCUUGCUAGAGGAGUUUACAUUUCCUGCCAAUUCUGUUCCUUUCGACAACUGCCACGCUUCUACAAUUGUGGAGGUUGAUAAAGAUCAUUACUUGGUUGCAUAUUUUGGGGGUACAUUCGAGGGCGCACCGGAUGUGAAGAUUUGGUUGCAGACAUAUAAGAACGGGUCCUGGCACUCGCCAAUUGUGGCUGAUGAGCAGCCUGAAGUUCCAAUGUGGAACCCUGUCUUGUUCAAACUUCCAUCAGAUGAGCUGCUUCUGUUUUAUAGAGUGGGACAGGACGUUCAAAGAUGGAGUGGGUGCAUGAAGCGGUCAUAUGACAAAGGUGUUACUUGGACAGCAAGAGAACAGCUUCCCCCUGGUAUCUUAGGACCAAUAAAGAAUAAGCCAAUCUUGCUGGAAAAUGGGGUUUUGCUCUGUGGAUCUUCAGUUGAAAGUUGGAAUUCUUGGGGUGCAUGGAUGGAGGUCACAUCUGAUUCAGGUAGAUCAUGGAGAAAGUUUGGGCCAAUAUACAUGGAAAAUCGAUCUCUCAGUGUCAUUCAACCAGUUCCUUACCAGACUGCAAAUGGAAAUCUGCGUGUUUUACUUCGAUCCUUCACAGGUAUCGGUAGUAUUUGUAUGUCAGAAUCCACUGAUGGUGGUCACAACUGGAGCUAUGCAAAACCUACAAAUCUUCCUAAUCCAAACUCAGGUAUUGAUGGGGUCAAACUGAGGGAUGGUCGUUUAUUACUUGUUUAUAACACCGUCUCGAGGGGUGUGCUUAAGGUCGGUCUGUCUAUGGACGAUGGUGAUUCAUGGCUAGAUGUUAUGACCUUGGAGGACGAGACAGGAAAGGAAUUUUCAUAUCCAGCGGUCAUUGAGGCUAGCGAUGGCUCAGUUCACAUCACAUACACAUACAAGAGAAAGCAGAUUAAGCAUGUUGUCUUCAAACUGAAAAUGCAUAGGAAUCACUAACGAUGAUAACUAAGAAAGCAAAGCUCUCCCUCUGUUUGUAAGCGAUGGCGAGCAAGGCCAAUAAUGUGCGGCAUCCAAACUCUCCAAUCUUGGAAUCAAAUGCUGACUUACGGCGAAUCAUUUGUACAUUCGGGUAAAUAUGAUUGCUUUUCCUACGUAGUAUUCAUCAAGAUGACUCUGACUGAGCUCAUGCAUUAACUUUUGGAAGUUGGGUUGGGGGGUUGAGAACGGAUGUAGUUGUAUCAGUUAAGACAUGUUUGAAUGAAGGAAUAAAAUAUGAAUCUGACUUGCCCAUA